AAGUUCCACAGAUGGUCAGCACUGCCAGAGCAGAUCUUGAGGAUAAGGAUACAUGUCUAUUCAGAUAUUCUCCAUUGUCAUCUGCUUGUUCCGGAGGUUUGCAUCAUAGAAGAGAAGAUGUGAAGAUGCAUCGUGGCAUAUUAUCGGUGACUGUUCCACAGCAUCAUUUACACAGCAUGCUCUUGCGGAUAUGCAAUGCAAGAUUUCGCAGCUCCAGGCCGUGUCAAAUGCAUGCAUAUCUGAUAAGGAUGAUGGGGCGAGUGAAUUGGUGAAAAUCUUCAGACAGACCAGAUGUAGCAAAUUGGGCAGAUUUAUCAGACAAGUGUCUGACUGAUGAUUUAUUCAGUGAAGGGUGAAACUAUUUAGAGGCAACAUGAGGAUGCAAAUGGGGCAUAUUCCGGCACUACGGAUAAGGUCAGGAGAGAGAGAGGGAGAGUGACAGUUUCAGGGACUGAAUGAGACCGUAGGCUCUCUGUCUGAAGAUGCUAUUCUGAGCCUGAUCCCUCCAAUACAGAGUGCCUGCUCUUAGCCGAAGGAAUCAGAUCCUGCUGUCAUAUUGUCAUGUGACGAAGCGUCGCUGUGUUGUUGUCGGCACCGUACCUUUGCUUUUGCUAUCGAUUUUGCAUUUGCACUCUGACUCAAACGAUCUGAACUCUCAAGUUGAGGUGAUGCAGGGCAACAUUCAGACUUCCACAGAACUGAAGAACACUUAACAGAUAAUAGGGGGAAAUGGCAUACAUUCACCAGAGAUUUUCAGUGAUUACAAGGUUCAAAAUUCAGACUAUCAACCAAAGCAGAGAAAAAGUUCACUGAGCUCAAUAUUGUGUUUUUGAGCUUAUCAAACAUAUGUUACUAGUAUGUUAACAUUGUACUUGAUUUAAGCACUGGAAAUUUCGGAUGAGGUCAACUCGAGUCAUGAGGAAAGAUUCCAACGAUCCAAUGGCUUCUUAUCCAAAACUAUCCAAUCUUUAACCCGCACUCGAUCAGAAGAAUCAUUUUUCAGGUACUACGUGCCAACAUCUUUUCCAGCCUAUAAAAGGAAGCCAUGGCCAGCACCAAGAAACCACACCAGUCAACUUUUUCAAAUCAUCUGCAACUCUAAGGAGACAGUACACUAGCUAGCUGUGCUGAUCGAGUCUAGAACACUCUAGAAGGUUCCAUUGGAUCGACGAUGGACCGCGUGGCGAGGCUGGUGUCGGAGCGGGCGGUGGUGGUGUUCACGGCGAGCAACUGCAGCAUGUGCGACGUGGUGACGUCGCUGCUGGGCAGCCUGGGCGUGAACGCGGCCGUGCACGAGCUGGACAGGGACCCCCGCGGCCGGGAGAUGGAGCGGGAGCUCGCCAGGAGGCUCGGCGCCGGCGCCGCCGGUGCCGUGCGCGGCGGCGUCACACCCACCGUGCCGGCGGUGUUCGUGGGCGGCGACCUCGUCGGCGGCACCAACAGGGUCAUGGCGCUGCACCUCGCCGGCGAGCUCGUGCCCAUGCUCAGGAACGCCGGCGCGCUCUGGCUCUAGGAGCUCAGAACGCCGGCGGCGCUCAUGCAAAGCAUGUCUUAGCUUUUUUUCGUCAGACGUGUACGAGUGCGUGAAUGCCAGGUUUUUUUUUGUAUCCUGUGCUUGUAAUAAGUCAAAUAAAUAUCGCAUCAGUAUUAAACAUGAUUUUCGAUAUCUAUUACUUUAAUACUAUUCGAUCUUUGAUCGGUA